AUGGCUGAAAACAGAAUCCAAAGCCCCCUGCUACACGGCAACCUCACGAGGAGUGCCUACCCGCUGCCCAUGAAGAUGAGGGCGCUACCACAGAGCUUCUGGCUGCAGCCCAACAAAAAUAACAACCUGCCGCCAUCUUGUUCCGUUUUACCGCCUCUCAUCCUCGGCAAGGAUUCCAGCGACGUGAUUGAUGUACGGCCCGUCACUCCGCCAGAUGACGAGAAGGAGGUGAAAGAAGUGAAAGCAGAGAAAGAGGAAAAGAAGGCGGACAGAAUAUUAAAAGUUGGCAAUACCGAACUUCUCUUCAGCUUGUUCGAUUCCGUGGAACAAGGCGACAGAAAGAAGGUGGCUGUUGUUCGGAGAGGAAGGCCGAAGAAACCGCCAUCAACGGUCUUGCCUCGUGUUCUCCGUGACGAAGACCCGUGUCUGGUCAGCGCAGUCACCGAGUCCAUCCUGCCCCUCUUGCCCGACAGAACACCUGUGUCCUCGGGGUCGUCGACGCCUCUGGGGGUCAGGCAGCAAGGUCCUCAGCAGGUGCUGGAGAUGGUGAACCUACGAGAUGGAGACCGAACCAUUUCUCUCCCUUCCCUCAACGUUGAACAUAACUAUAACCAGAUCCUUUCUGAACUCGUCCUGAAACUGUCACAAUUUCUCUUACAGAGUUUGAUCUCAAAAGCCUUGCAUGUUGAUCUCUUACUUGUUACAUGCAGUCUUUCCCAGACAUGUUUCUAUGGUUCUCUAAUUCUCCAGACAAGCAUUUCUCAAAGGGUUUUAGACACAGAGGGACCCAGAAUGAAGAGUUCCUAG